UACGAUUGUUUUAUCCCACAACUUUUACGUUGGUGACGACAUGAAUCACGAAAUGCUCCCGAAUUGUUUUGGAUCUUUCGUUUACUCAAACCAAUUGAGACCUUAAAUUUAGGCAAUUAAUGCAAGAUAAGCAAGCGAGCCAUUCAUCUAACACAUUAUUUUGCAUACAAACCAGAGCAUAUACCUACCAACAUGUUGCAGACGAGAGGGGUCCACGUGAAUGAUGAAGAAAUUGAUAAAAAGCAUAAGAUUAUCCUCACGAAGUCAUUUUCGAUCCUUACUGCACAGUUUAAUUAUCGUUCAAAACAAAAUUGGGAUAAAUAAAAUAUAAAUAGAAGAUAAAUAAUAAAGAAUUGGGAACACUCAACUGCAUGCGAGUGCAGAGGAGAGUGAUAAUGACCUUCCAAGAAGCAGUUCAACCAGAGAGGAAUUUAAUUUCAGCUGCCUAAAUUCAUUGCAGAGCAUCUUUUCAGCUGUUUAAGAGAAAUUUCUGGAUCCAUUCCAUGGAGUCCUCAAGGCCAGGGCACACAAGCACUGCUAACCCAAGUCUGUACAGUUUAGGGAAAUCCCCAUAUUCUCCUGCACCUCCUCGAGAUUCCCGUGGUUCACUUGAGGUCUUCAACCCAGUGGGAUCUUCUUCUUUACCUUGUGCCUCUCUACAUGAUGUUAUGCAAGAUGUUGGACUUCCUUCUACCACAACGCAAGAAGUAAAGGAAGAUGAUGAUCAAAGAAUUGAACAUGGGCAGAGAUCCCAGUCUGGAAGAUUGAAGGGAACAGUUAGUAAGUGGAUGGCAUUGACAGAAGAGUCUUCAAAUGCUAUCAUGAGCAAUUCAGAAAGAAGCAAUGCAGGGAUUCUUGCCGAUUUUUCUUCAGGUAUGGAAAAGCAACCAGAAAUCUUUGCCAAUGUAAAAGCAGAGUUGGUCAGCAAACAAGCAGCAUCUAUGACAUUGCCUGAAAUGAAAAUAAAUGAAUCUAAAGAAAUACAAGAUAUAGCAUCAGUGGAGCUUUUAACUAGUGGUUAUUCAGAGAGCAGUGGUCCAGCAAAAAUUAUAUCUGAAGCUGACAUGGCAGAGAGAGCAGCUGCAUGGGGACUUAUUGUGAAAACAGAUUUAGGAACAGGGAGACCACAGGGUGUAGGUCUCAGGUCAUCAGGUGAGGAAGGACGAGUUGAAUCUCAGAGAGCAUCUGGAAGCUCCAUGAGGACAUCUGAAGGAUCUGAUUAUGGGAGUGAAUCAAACAUUCCCCAAGUUUCAAAGGAUUUAAAAGAUGCACUGUCAACAUUGCAGCAAACAUUUGUUGUAUCUGAUGCAACCAAGCCAGAUUUUCCUAUUGUAUAUGCUAGUGCUGGAUUUUUCAAUAUGACAGGUUAUACACCAAAACAGGUCAUUGGAAGAAAUUGCCGUUUUCUUCAGGGAGCUAAAACAGAUCAUAAAGAAGUUUCAAGGAUACGUGAAGCAUUGUCUACAGGGAAAACUUAUUGUGGACGAUUGUUGAAUUAUAAGAAGGACAGGACACCUUUUUGGAACCUCCUUACAAUAACGCCCAUAAAGGAUGAAAAUGGAAAAACCAUCAAAUACAUUGGAAUGCAAGUUGAGGUGAGCAAGUACACAGAAGGUUCAAAGGAUAGGAUGCUACGACCUAAUGGAUUGCCAGGAUCGUUGAUUCGAUAUGAUGCUCGUCAAAAGGAAAUGGCUGCCAGUUCUGUAACAGAGGUUGUGCAAGUUGUAAAUCAUCCCCAUCCAAUGGCUCAGCCCACAAUCCAAGAAAAUUCUCUCCAAUCUGAGGGAAGUGUAUCACCAUUGCAUCUAGAGCUAGAAGCGAAUAAGGAUAUGGAGAAGAAAAAAUUUAUUGCUGCAAGUCUACGUACUUCACAAACUUCUAGCCUAAGAGAAGAAACAUUGACGUCAACUGAUGUGGGUGAUGACAGGUCAAAGCAAAGCAAAUCAGGAAGAUUGUCACUAAAGGGAUUAGCAAGGAAGUCUCAAAAUCAGAGAGAUAACCAUGAACUUCAACCAACCAUUGAACCUGAGAUCUUAAUGACCAAGGAUGACGAAGACCCUGAUAGCUUGGACAUUUUUGAAAGACGGGAAGAAAUUCGACAAGGCAUUGAUUUAGCGACAACUUUAGAGCGUAUUGAGAAAAAUUUUGUUAUCACAGACCCAAGGCUUCCCGACAAUCCUAUUAUAUUUGCAUCUGACAGUUUCCUGGAGCUCACAGAGUACACUCGUGAAGAGAUUCUGGGACAAAAUUGUCGAUUUCUUCAAGGCCCUGAAACUGAUCAAGAUACUGUACAGAAAAUAAGAGAUGCCAUCAAGGAUCAAAGGGAGAUUACUGUCCAAUUGAUAAAUUAUACCAAGAGUGGUAAAAAGUUUUGGAAUUUAUUCCACUUACAACCUAUGCGUGAUCAAAAGGGAGAGCUGCAAUAUUUCAUUGGAGUUCAACUUGAUGGAAGUGAGCAUGUGGAACCAUUGCGUAAUCGUCUUUCAGAGAAAACAGAACUAGAAAGUGCAAAGUUGGUUAAGGAAACUGCUGGAAAUGUUGGUGAGGCUGUUAAAGAGCUUCCUGAUGCAAAUUUGAGACCCGAGGACUUAUGGAUAAUGCAUUCCGAACUUGUUUUGGCUAAGCCUCAUAAAAAGGGUUGUUCUUCUUGGGCAGCAAUUAAGAAGAUACAGGAGUCUGGUGAGCAAAUAGGUUUAAAGCAUUUCAAACCCAUCAGACCUUUAGGAUGUGGUGAUACAGGAAGUGUACAUUUGGUUGAAUUGCGUGGCACCAAUGAAUUAUAUGCAAUGAAAGCAAUGGACAAGUCAACGAUGUUAAAUAGAAAUAAGGUUCAUAGAGCUUGCAUAGAAAGACAAAUAAUUGAUAUGAUGGACCAUCCUUUCCUUCCAACACUUUAUGCUUCGUUUCAGACAAAAACCCAUGUGUGCUUAAUUACUGAUUUUGCUCCUGGCGGAGAGCUCUUUUGGUUGCUAGAUAGGCAGCCUACAAAAGCUGUUAAAGAGGAUGCUGUGCGAUUUUAUGCAGCAGAGGUUGUCGUUGCUUUGGAGUAUCUUCAUUGUCAAGGUGUUAUUUAUAGAGAUUUAAAACCUGAAAAUGUGUUGAUUCAAAGAGAUGGGCAUGUGCUAUUGACAGAUUUUGACUUGUCCUUUUUGACUUCUUGUAAACCAAAGCUAAUAAAGAAUUUAAGGAUUCCUAAAAGAAUGAGGAAAGCAAAAAAUGAACCACAUCCAGUAUUCAUUGCAGAACCUACAGUGGCAUCAAAUUCUUUCGUAGGUACAGAGGAGUACAUAGCACCGGAAACCAUUACAGGUGCAGGUCACAGUAGUGCUGUUGACUGGUGGGCUCUUGGUAUCUUGAUAUAUGAAAUGCUUUAUGGGAGAACACCAUUCCGAGGAAAUAAUAGGCAAAAAACAUUUGCAAAUAUUCUUCACAAGGACUUGACAUUUCCUAGUAGUAUCCCGGCAAGCUUGGCUGUGAGACAAUUAAUGCGCAGUUUGCUGCAUAGGGAUCCUGCAAAUAGACUAGGCUCAAGUAAAGGUGCAAGUGAAAUCAAGGAACACCCUUUCUUUCGUGGGAUCCAUUGGGCCCUCAUCCGUUGCAUGGAACCCCCUCAACUUGAUGCUCCUUUGCAAAUAACCGAAAAGGACACUGAUGUGGACAGCAAAUCAGCUGAGUUAGAAUGGGAUCAAUAAGAGAAAUGUAACUCUGCGUAGAAUUUUGCCAAGCUACAUUUUACAUGUUAGUAGGCUGCCCACAACACAUUGUGACCUGAUUUCUGAUUAUCCUCCUCCUAUGGUGCGCAAUAGUUAGAGAUUAAGGUGGAACAGAAUCCUCAACGAUUGAUAUGCCACUUUGUUUGGGAAAAGCUUCUGCUUUUUUAAAACAAUAACAUUGGCACAGGGACCACAAAAAGCAUAAGCAGCUUUUAAUGAUGUUAGUACCAAAGACAAGGAGGAUGCCAAGACACCAAUCCAGGGACUUGCACCCCAAAGUCUGCUUCUGAAUUGGGAAAGCUCUUGUUUGCAGUGGACUGACUACUUAAGGCUAGGAACAGGGCUGCAGCUUGUCCCUCGAUUCUUAAGACGUACAAAAUCGGCUUAUUCAUCUUGAUAUCAUGAAUGUAUUUUGGUGCAUCAUAUUAGUGAUUUUUUGUAGUACUUAUGUAAGGUUGAGUGAUUGGCAUGUGUUAGCAACAUAGAAGGUCUUACUGUUGCAUUUUAAAAUUGUGACUACAUUACAAUAAAUAUGCUUGAGCAGUUGUAAUAUAUUGAAACAUAUUGGUGUUCACCCGAAGUUUAAUGUUGUGUUGUU